AUGACUGCUGUGGCCCCUAUGGAGAUCCGUGUCUUCUCCGACUUGGUGAACAAAGCAAGGGUGGUUGAGGAGUAUGCCAAGACCGUAGCGGCAUCCAAGGACGCCUACGGAGAAAAUACUAGCAAGGGACGUGGCAAGUAUUACCACCCGAGGGGUCAAAACUUUAAGAGAGGAGGAUCUGCGCAUCAAAGUCAAGGUAGUUUCAGGAAGAACACUCAUGAUCAGUUUCAGCGUGGCAAGGGAAGAGGAAGUCAGAGUGGGUGCUUCAACUGUGGACUGCCUGGUCAUAUCGCGAGGGAUUGCACUCGUGGGAAGAACCCGAAUGCGGGUCAGAGUCAGCACCAGGGGCGAGUUUUUGCUGUGAAUGCUAAGGAUGCUUCCAAGGAAGAUCUGUUGAUGAGAGGUAUUUGUUUAUUUGGUGAUAAGACUUUAAUAGCAUUAUAUGAUAUUGAAGCAUCGCAUUCGUUUAUCUCGUUUGCUAAAGUUGAGGAAUUAGGCUUGAAAGUGUCAGAGUUACCUUUUGAUCUGCAUAUGAUUUUGGGAUUUGAUUGGUUGUUGAAGAAUCGGGUUUUGUUGGAUUGCUUUGAACGGACAAUUCGAUUUAUGCCGGAAGGAGAGAGUGGAGUAGUGAUAGCCAUGGGAUACUACCUGAACUUUGUAGUGGUGCACUGUAGUGGGGAAGAGUGUCAGGGUUACAUCUUGUUAACUGCUAACGCUUUGGGCGAUACCCAAGGCUUAGAUCAGAUUCCGGUAGUUAAGGAUUAUCCGAAGGUAUUUCCAGAAGAUAUCCCUGAGUUCCCACCUCAACGGGAAAUCGAGUUUGCGUUUGAAUUAGUGCCGGGAGCCGGACCACUGUCAAUUGCUCCUUAUAGGAUGGCUCAGAUAGAGCUGGCCGAGUUAAAGACUCAGUUGUAA